CUCUAUUUAGUAUCCCGUGACGUGCUAGCCGCACAGGCUUCCGGCGUUGUUUGCGAGCGAGUUUUUUCAUCCAGCAAGGAAACGGACACGCUCCGUCGGAGUCGUCUGCAUCCGGUACUGAUGGAGGCCCUUCAGAUCUUGAAAUUCCGGUAUAGGCAGGAGCGUCUGGACCUCUUUGGGGACAUUGUUACUCGUGUUGAGGAGCUCACCCUAGAUGAUCUCGACACUGAUGUCGAGACAUAA